UUACAGUGACAUACGAGCAGCACGAACAAAACUGCUAGAGUUAUUCCCGGAUACCAGCCAGGAUGUGACAGUCAUGGAAGCAGCUAUCACCGGCUAUUUGUCAUUGCUGGAGGGUUUUAUUACUGCCAGUGACGGGGCAGGGGGAGAGAGCAAACUGCGAUAUGCUGUAAACUUUAAAUGGACCAACUCUAUGCUUGGCCUCAGUGUUGUAGAACAGCAAGAUGCAAUAUUUGACUUUUGCUGCAUUCUCGUCAAUAUAGGCCUUUGGUAUACAAAACAUGCAGCAGUAGUUGCAGGAAAGGAUGGAAUUUCUAUGGAUGAAGCAAAGGAUGUGCAUAAAUGUCUCCGAAAAGCGGCUGGAGUAUUUCAGUUGGUCAAGGAUGAGAAGGGGAAGUUAUUGCAACAGGAAAUGGUCACAGCUCCAGGAGCAGACCUGGAUUCCAGGAUCCUGGAUGCAUACAUGCAUCAGUCUGUAGCUGAGGCACAGGAAGUGACAGUUGCAAGAGCUAUUGAGCUGAAACAUGCAGCGUCAUUGACGUCAGCAUUGGCGAACGAAACUUCGAAGAUAUUUCAGUCUGCGCUAGUUUCUCUUCAGACGUUAGAGGAUCCCGUUUUUGGAAAGUGGAAGAUAUAUUUACAGCUGAAGCAUGCUAUUUACCAGGCUUAUGCAUACACCUACAUGGGAGAAAACCUACUUGCUCAGGACCAGGGUGGCAGUGCUGUCAGUGCCAUGAAGCAAGCAUUGAAGUGGUACGAAUCGUCCGAGCUACUCUGCAAGGAAUAUGCUGCUGCGAAGGGGCCAGGACUCUCGGCCAAGCCAGAAAGCCAUCUGUUCUUCCGCAGGCUGGGACCACUAGUCAGGCGCAUACUAGAGAAAGCUGAGCGUGAGAAUGGCUUCAUUUAUCACCAAAAUGUACCCGAGGAACCCCCAGAGCUGGAGCUGAAGGCCACGUAUGGUCUAGCGAAACCAGAAGAGUUUUCCCUGUCCAAGAUAUCAUCUGAGUGGACGCCCGCCGUGUACUCUGCGUUUGACUUGUCGCGAGGGAUGAAGGAAGAUGCAAAAAAGAGCGCAGGUGGUGGACAGACUACAGAGAAGCUGCCUGAAAUGCAGGAAAAAUCCUCGGGGCAUAGUGGAAACGACCAGAAUAACACUAGUGGAUGCAUUCUUUCCUAGGUUUAUCCUUAAAUGAUAAACGGGUAAUGAUUAACCCCAGUACAAUUAAAGCGCCUUUUACAAUUAGUGUGUGUAACCAUUUAAUUUAAAAGCUUUGCAUUAUCGAAAAAUUCAAAGGCGACUGUGCUGACAUCUUUUAGCUGUAUUGGUAAUGUAUACCGAUAUGGUAUAGGUGAUGUCAAUAUAUAUAGUGUCAUUCGUCCUUAUAAUGUAACACGUGGUAUGCAUACCCAACCAGGUUUCUAAUGAUUUGUAGUGGAAUUUUGCAGGCCACAUGCUGUUGUUAGUUCUUGUUGAUUUUUUUUAAGUGAAAUGUGUUACUUAUAAAUAAGAAUGGUCAAAUAUGUAGAUGAAAAAAAUCUGUGAUUAUUCUCACACGUUAUGGGUCGUUCUAGUAUUUUCAGUCGGAAGCUUUCUCUGACAAUGUCAAUCAAAGAAAGGCUAGUUUUAAUCAUGGUGGUCGAAUGGCUGGUACCAUAGUAAACAUCCUAUAAUUUAUCAUACAAUAAAUCAUAUGCGAAAAAAUUACUUGCA